AUUAAUUGUCCAAAAUAUUGCACCACUCACUUCCCUACAUGAGCAAAAACAUGAUGAUGGUCAAUGCCAAAACCAAUUCAUUCCUCUUCAAAAAUCAGUCCCAUAGUCCCAUGGAUCAACCCCAUCAUCAUCAUCAUCAUCAAAGCGGUGGUUUUGUUAGCCGAAGGGGGAGCCGGAGGUCACCUAAUGGGGCAGAUUUAUUCCCAACGUCACCCGACGUUCCGCGUAUAGGGGAUGAAAUCUUCCAUGCGGCUCACCCGCAACAUCCGUUAUCGCAAACGCGGCUCUCGGACCUCUUCACCUGUGGCGCUUGCAAGGAGUACGGUGCCGGUGAACGGUUCACUUGCUCGGAAUGUGAUUAUCAACUCCAUGAUUUUUGUGCUUUAGCUCCUCCUAGUCUUAAGAGACAUCCAAUCCACCCUCUUCACAACAUCAUUUUGAUUCGUAAACCUGUUAGAAGUGGAAUAUUGAAAUCGAGGUGCGAUAUUUGUGCCAAGCCCACCAAAGGAUGCGUUUUCAAAUGCAAUGCCUGUAGUUUCCAAAUGCACCCAUGCUGUGCCAUGUUAUCAACUGAAAUUAACAUCUCGGUUCAUCCGCACAUGUUACGGCUCCUCCCCUCGCCGUCAACCGUUGACCCUUCUAGUUUCUCAUGCGGCGAGUGUAACCGCAAAAGGUCAGGGAGGGUUUACCAUUGCACCACAUGCGAUUACCAUCUCCAUGCAGUUUGUGCCAAGAACAUGGUGAAUGGGCUUCAAGCCAAUGGUAUCAAGGGCAUGGACAAGCCGAGCAUGUUAGGGACUGCCGCGAGGCUCGCAUCUCAAGUGGUGAUCGAGUUCAUCGGAGGGCUGAUCGAAGGGCUCGGGGAAGGUGUUGGGCAAGUGUUGGUUCAAACCGCGGUCCGAGGAAGGUGCUACAGUAAUAGAUCAUCUAGGGCUACAUAAAAUGCUCCUAAUUAAUUAAUUAAGACUAUAUAGUAUUUAUUAAUUGAUAUUUCUUUGACAUGUUGGAUUUUUAUUUUUAUUUUUUGUUUAACAGUUGAUGGGAGCUUGGGGUUUAUAGUUUGAAGAUGGGGAAGUGUUGCAGCUAUUCAUAUAGGAUUUGAUUGUGUCAAGAAUUCUUAUAAUAUUGAAAGUAUGUUUCUUUUGUAAAUUAUUUUGUAUAUUCAAUGUAAUUAAGUAUUGUUGAAUGGGAAAA